UUUUUUCUUUUUUUUUUUUUUUUUGGUUUACUCAGUCAAACUGCAGCAAGUUCCGCCUCUGGCGUCACACAUGUAGCCGAACAUGGCCCCUUCCAGCCGGGCUGUUGCUGUGGUCGCGCUCUCAUUGCUUUACCUGAGCGUUGAAACCAUUUCCACCGAGUACUUCUCCACUCUCACGUUGUUCAACAAUGAGCUGCCUAAGCAGGGGUGCAGCUCGGUGUCCGAGUGGGAAGAUUACGCUGCGGACUGCGAGCCGUCGCUUUUGCAGUUCGAGGACCCAGACUGUGAGGAGGGAAGCAACCCCCCGUGCGAGUCAGUCUUCUCACUUAAUGCAGAAAAGAUCCUGAACCAGGCCAAGUUGUUUAUAGAGCAGAAAAAAAUCCCCUUUCCUGUAGAUAACCACAACACCAACGAGGAACUUGCUAUAUGCUAUGUUCUGAUAGGAAACGGCCUUUACGAUGAAGCUAUUAAACACUUCUCACUCUUACUACAGAGCGAUCCAGAGUUAGUCAGUGCCAUCUAUGGACGAGGGAUCGCUUACGGGAAGAAAAGUCUACAGGACAUAAAGAACGCGGACUUGGCACUUUACGAGCUCAACAGAGUCAUCGCACUUGAGCCCAACUGGCCAGAAGUCUACGAGCAGAGAGCAGAGAUCCUGUCUCCGUUGGGUCGUAUCAGCGAAGCUCUGAGUGAUCUGACUAAAGCCAUCCAGCUGCAGCCAUCAGCCCGUCUCUACAGGCACAGAGGAACUCUUCUCUUCAUCUCCGAGGAUUAUGUUGCAGCUAUGGAGGACUUCCAGCGAUCCCUGGAGCUGAAGAAGAAUCAGCCCAUUGCCAUGCUUUAUAAAGGCCUCACCUUCUUCCACAGAGGAAUGCUGAAGGAGGCCAUUGAGACGUUCAAAGAGGCGUUAAAGUUAAAGUCUGAUUUCAUAGAUGCGUAUAAGAGCCUCGGACAGGCCUACAGAGAGUUGGGGGAUUUUGAAUCUGCAAUGGAGAGCUUCCUGAAGGCGUUAAUGCUGAACCAGAACCACAUCCAGUCUCUGCAGCUCCGAGGCAUGAUGCUGUACCACCACGGCUCUCUGCAGGAGGCCAUCGGCAACUUUAAAAGGUGCCUUCAGUUGGAGCCCUACAACGAGGUGUGUCAGUACAUGAAGGGGCUGAGCCACGUGGCCAUGGGACAGUUCUACGAGGGCAUCAAAGCUCAGACUAAAGUCAUGCUGAAUGAUCCGCUGCUGGGACAGAAGGCCAGCUCUGAAUACCUCAAAGUUAAAUACCUCAGAGAGUAUUCCCGUUACCUGCACUCCCAUCUGGAUGUCCCGGUAGCGGAGUACAACGUGGACCAGGACUUACCGGGGAACUUUAAGAACCACUGGGCUAAGAACCUGCCCUUUUUAUUAGAGGACUACGAGGAGCAGCCCGGCCUGCAGCCACACAUCAAAGACGUGCUGCCACAGAACUUUGACAGCUACAGCACAGACGUCCAGAUGCUAAUCUGCACCGCCGACCAUCUGGGAUCGCUGAUGCAGUACGACACUCCUGGAUUUUUACCCAACAAGAGGAUACACAGAGCCAUGGGUUUAGCAACGCUGGAGGUGAUGCAGGCGAUGCAUCGGACGUGGAGCAACUCUAAAGUGAGAGUCAACGGGAAGACGAGGCAAAUGCAGUGGAGGGACAUGUUCGAUAUAGCUGUCAAAUGGAGGAGGAUCGCGGAUCCAGACCAGCCAGUUCUGUGGUUGGACCAGAUGCCGGCUAGGAGCCUGAGUCGAGGCUUCAACAAUCACAUCAACCUCAUCAGGGGUCAGAUUAUCAACAUUCGAUACCUGGCCUAUUUUGACAACAUCCUGGAGUUUAUCAAAGACCGAAUACUGGUGUACCACGGGGCGUACAACCCGAGAGGGCUUCUGGACGUCCGCCAGGCUCUAGAAAAUGUGAAUAAAAUAGAAGAUCUGCUUCCUAUAAUGAAGCAGUUCAACAGUAAAACCAGAGACGGCUUCACUGUGAACUCAAAGGUGCAGAGCAUGAAAGAUGCUGGGAAAGAGCACGACGGUUUCACCAUCACCAUCACGGGAGACAGGGUGGGAAACAUGUUGUUUUCCGUAGAAACGCAGACGACAGAAGAGCGAACGCAGCAGUACCAGUCAGAGAUCGAGUCCAUCUACAAAGACCUGACGGCUAAAGGGAAAGCGCUGAUGCUGUCCACCGAGCUGGGGGACGCAGACGCUGUGUGCAACCUGAUCCUAUCCUUGGUUUAUUACUUCUGCAACCUCAUGCCUCUCUCACGAGGAUCCAGCGUGGUGGCUUAUUCUGUGGUUAUGGGAGCGCUGAUGGCCAGUGGCAAGGAGGUCAUCGGCAGGAUCCCAAAAGGAAAGCUGGUGGAUUUUGAGGCCAUGACGGCGCCCAGCCCGGACAGCUUCAGUAAAACAGCAAAGAGCUGGAUGAAUCUCAAGAGUUUACCAAACUGGUACCGAAGUCUUCCAUCCGUAGCAGAGACCUUCCCCUCCAUCAGAACCAUGAUCGAGGUCCUCAACACAGACUCAUCCUCACAUUGUCCAAAGAAGUCCUAACUUCCGUCGCGCAGAGACGUCUGCGACAGACGGUUAAUAUGAACCGAGCUUCUGCAGCAAAAGGACACGCUUCUACAUCCUAAACAAAUCGGCUCAAAAGAAACCAGUUUUUUUUUAGCUCACUGAAUAAAUUAUCUUUUUAAGGGCAUUUAAAACAUGAUGUUCUGGUUUUUGAGGAUGUAGAAGUGAUUCUGUCCACCGUCGCUCUUCUUCUGCUUCAAAGACCUCACUCUGAAAACACCCAAAGCACAAAACAACUAAUCUAGCUGCUCGUCGGCACUCAUCGUCCGUUUUCUUACCCGAGUCUCGCUUUAAACCAACUAGAAAUCUGAAAUGCUGCAUUCAAAAUGACCAGAUCUAAGGCAGCUCUGUCGUUUAACUGGCACAUUUUCUAACAGCCGGUCAGCAGAAGAACACCUGGAACAAAAAUCUUCAGGGCUACUGAUUACUUGAAACUGUGUCUUUUUAUUUUCCAGUUGUUUUAUCAGGUGUUCGCUGUUAUUUUAAUCUCAGCAGAAAACAAAAUACUCAACGACAUCAGUCAUAGAUCUCUCAGUAAGUUUAUUAAAUUAAUCAAAAUUUUACUUCCUGUUGAGUCAAAUUAGGCUAAUUUAGCCGGUGUCUGUUUCUCAGAUGUAUUUUUCACGGUUUGGGGAUUUAAAUACUCAUACAUUGAAUAUAAAUAAUAAUCAAAACUUCCUGGGAGCUGAGGAAAGUGUCAUUUGGCUGUUAUUUAAAUCUCUGACUGAUUUGUCCUCUAGACAAUUUUAAAAUCAUUUUUUGCUUUUCUUCCUAUUUUAUUUAAAUUCUGCACCUGUCAUCUUCUCUCAUGUAGAGUUAAAGUGAGCAGUUAUUUACAUUUGAAAGCAGUAUUUUUGGAGAAAAAUUCUCAUCCUUCGAGGUGUGCGUAUUCAUUUUGAUGAACCUUACACACCGAUGCUCGGAGAAAACCUGAUCAGGUUUUAAUUUUAAACAUUUACGUGGUUUGUUUAGUUUAAAAGUUUCUAAACAAAAGUGUCAAGACUGGUAGCAGUAUUGUUAAUGGUGCCACUGCUGCCUGAGUUUAAAUUCACUCCAUGUGAGUGAAAGCACAAGAAAGGCUGAAAGUAUUCAGACUCUCAAGGCCUUAAAUAUUCUGAAUCCAUUAUUUUUACUGAAAGAUCAUUAAAAAAACUUUAUCGAUCUGCUUUGUACCUACAAUGAUCUCCCAGAUGUGUCAACUAACUUAUUUCCCGUUUGAUCUAAAAUCAGAAUAUAUCCUGUUUACCUGUUUGUGCCGACUGUUUUUAAUCAUCACCUCAUCUUCACUGGUUCAUGUUGUCAUUAGGUGCGUCUUCAGAGUGAGGUGCAAAGAUAUUUUGAAACUUGAAAGAACAUUUUUUUCUAUUGAAUGAAUGUUCAACAGUCAAUAAAACUGGGCUACAAUUUA